GCGAACAACGUUGCUGUUGGCGGUCCGUCUGCGAGUGAGAAUUGUGCUCGAGGAAUAUUUUUACUGACCUACAUCUCCGAGACAGGCCUGUAGAUUCGCGCAAACAUUUUAGUCGAAACGGCGAACGCACUGAGCGAAACAACAGAGAGGAUGGGCAAAGUGCAAGGCGGCAUGAAAUGCGUAAAAUACUUGCUUUUUGUCUUCAACUUCAUAUUCUGGUUGUCAGGCUCACUGGUAUUGGCGGUGGGAUUAUGGCUGAGGUUUGAUCCAGACACGACCUCCCUCCUAGGCGAAAAUGGUGCCCCUGAAAACUUAUUCAUUGCUGUGUACAUAUUGAUUGGAGCUGGAGGUAUCAUGAUGUUGGUGGGGUUCUUCGGCUGUUUCGGGGCAGUGAGGGAGUCACAGUGUCUUCUGGGAUUGUUCUUCGCUUGUCUUCUGGUGAUAUUUGGCGCAGAGGUUGCUGCUGGAGUCUUUGGCUUUCUGAACAAAGAUAAGAUCAUUAAAGAUGUCCAAAACUAUUAUGAGUUUGUAAUGGAAAAUGAGAAUGCUACUGCUGUUACCUCCAUGUAUCACAAUGUGCUUGAUUGUUGUGGGACUGAGUCCUCUCGCUCGUUUUUGUGCACUGAGAGCCAUUCUUACAAGGAUUGUUUGAAAGCUAUAGAAGAUUUCUUCAAUGAAAAACUCUUCAUCAUUGGAUAUGUUGGCAUUGGCAUCGCAGGAAUUAAGAUAAUUGGCAUGGUCUUCAGCAUGGUCCUAUGCUGUGCCAUUCGGAACAGCAGAGAACUUAUUUAGGUCCCUCACGGUUCCCUUCUUGUCCAGUUGGACUGUCUCAAAGCCCACAUUCUCUGACCUCAUCAGACCAUCACAUACAGGGUUGGGUAAAGGGAGAAGGCUGUGUGGGUCUUGGGAUACUAUUUUGUGAACAGCAUUCUGUAUCUGAUUCUUUUGUUUUAUUUUCACUGUGUUGUUUGAAGAUUACCUCCUUUACAUUAACAUGUCUUCAAUUAUUUAUUACUAAAUCCUUAAUAUGAUUACAAGGGGUAACUUCCAGGCAGUGUAAAUCCCUUUUUUUUUUUUCUUUAAAACUUGUGAUCGCUUCUUGUAUGGAGCUCUUUAAGGAAUAGUUCACCCAAAAAGAACAUCCUGUCAUCAUUUACUCACUCUCAUGUUGGUACAAACCCGUAUGACUUUCUUACCUCUGUGGAACACAAAUGUGGCUAGCUUCAGUCACCAUUCACUUUCAUUGCAUCUUUUUGUUUUUCUCCAGACUAUGAAUGUGAAUGGUGACUGAGCUUAAUACUCUGCCUAUCUCUUGUCAUGCUCCACGAAAGAAAGUCAAAAGGGUUUGGAAUAACAUGAGGCUGAGUAAAUGAUCUAUCACUUUCCAUCUAACUAUCCCUUUAAGGUUAAGACAUAGUGAAGAGGACAGUUAUCUACUGAUGUAAAUAAGCUUUCUGAUACCUUUCAAUGAUCAACUUCUUUUAAUGUUAUUUAUGUGAAUUAGACCAGGUUUUCUGAGCUAAUCUAGGUUUUUAGAUCAUGGGUCAUAUUGAUUAAAUGUUCAUGCUUUUUUGCAUGACACAUUGGUUAUUAAUGUUUGUCAGAAGGCUUUGGUUUGCUCAUUUUCAACAUCAGAUGAAAACUGACCAGGAUUUCAGUAUUUCAGAUUUCAAUAUUUUUGACUAAAGUGUAACCAAAACCUCUGACUAAACCCUACAUGUCACCCUUGGAGUCAACAUGAAAUCAAAUAGAACCCAUUUACUUUUUAAUACACAUUUUUAACCAUAUUGCGCAUUAUGCAUCAGUCCACAUUAGUCAAAAGAAAAAACAAAAUCUUUUUUUGUAAAAAUGUUUCGAAUGUCUUCGUAGUCUUUUGCCAAAAUGUAAUAACUUGCUCGGUCUCUGAAAAGACUUUCAUUUAAGGUUGAUGUCACCAGACAUUGAAUUGAAAAUUGUUUUAGGCUGCUGCUGUAAGCAAGCCAAUUACUAACAUGGUAAUUUAAUGCCUGUUAUUGUUGAAAUAAAACUUAUAAUAAUAAUAAUAAUAAUCCAAUCAAUUUAUGAUGGAUAAAAUCACAUUAAUGCUCUUGCAUUUUUAUGUUUGGUAUUGGAAUGGAAGCAAAAUGGGUUUCAUGUUGACUAAGUGAGGUGUCACUUGUUUAACUACAGAACACUUAAUGGUUUUCUUUUAGUGUAAACCUAAUUCAUUUAAAAGCUGUGGAGUCAAAGGAAUUUGAAGUUUUUAAAGUACAAUUACAAAAACCCAUCCUUACCAAGUAGCAUGUUCAAGUAAGCCUUCUACUAGAGCUGCACGAUUCUGGAUAAAUUGAUAAUAAAGAUUUUUUGCUUAGCAUAAAGAUUAUGAUUCUCUCAUGAUUCUGAAGACAAAUUCUUAUUUCUGUGAUUUACAAAACCUGGUCAUAAACAAAGUAACAUGUAAUUUACUAGAGAUUCUGACUAAAUGUUUUCUGCUUCAACCUAUGCAAAAAUGCAAUAAAGUUAUAAAUCAAAUAUAUACAUUUCAAAUGUUCCAAGUCCACAAGAGGGCGCAACGAAUACGUUUAACCUGUUUCUCACAUGCAAAGUAAAAAAAUCAAAACAAGCAGAAAAAAAGCUUCAUUAACAGUUCUGUGUUAACUUGGUAUUGCACUUGUAAGCAAAUAUGCAAUAAAACUGUUAUUUUACAAAAGUUGUUUUUAAAUAAACAUUAAAUUAAAACAA